AUGUAUCGCGAUUUGACGAUUUCCAGCGAUGUUCCAGCCGCCAAGCUGACCAAAGCUCUCAAGACAGGCAAUCUAAGUCUUACUGCAAACCAACUCAAGGGUGCAGGCUCUGUGAUCCAUCUCCACCCAGCUUCGUAUGAGAAAGCACUAAAGGCUCGCAAGGCAGGUCGUGGUGUUAGACUUGAUAUCACACGUCAUGAUAUCAAUAAAGGAUACAAGAAUCUCCAAGGGGGAUCCAUUUGGAACAGCGGAUUGCUUUCAAAGGGAUUAGCCGCGGCGGUUCCGGCUCUUGCGUCAGCGUUUGGGGCCUCUCAAGCAGCAAUCCCAGCGAGAGCAGCUAUUAAGUCAUUGACCAGAGUUGGUUUAAAUGACUCUGAAAGUGAUAUAGAGAAAGUGGGAGGACGUGUAUCUAUAGCGGAUGUUAAGACGGCGCCAAAACGGCUCUCGGGUAUUCUAAACCAAACGGAACAUGAAACUCUAAUCAAGUCAGUGCGAGGUGAGGUAAAGAGACGUUAUGGUAUGGGAGUUUCUAGGAAAUUAGCUAAAGGCAGUCAUGAAAUGAAGGCUAAAAUGGCCGCUUUGCGUGCUAAACGGCGAGGGGGAAAUUUUCGGUUUUGA